CCGGACCAAUAGCGAUGCGGACAUUUGGCUAUUUUGUCUCUGGAUAACGUUAGACUCUUCACCAUACAUAUUUGAAGAAUUUCAAUGGAUGAUGGCCUCCUCUCUAGCGCCUUCCAUUCCAACUGCUCUGACUUCAUUUCUCUCUUCGUUAGUACCCCCUGGCUUCGCUGUGGGGCCUUCAAUGUCAUGUCAGGGAAGACUUGGACUGUGGUGGGUUGGUCGAGCUCUGCGGGUGGGAGAACUGCUGAGGAGGGAAGGUCAACCAGAAUGGGUACAGAAGUUUGAGACUGACCCACUAACUCCCUCAGACCUUACCAUGACAAUGGAAUCCAUCCAUCCAACAGACAGCACAAAAGAAGAGAGGGCACCUACGCAAAUAGCAGAGAACAAAGAUUUUCCAUGGCGCCAAGCUGUCUGGAUCAGCUUUGCCUGCCAGGUGCAAAGCAAAGCUGCGCACAAUGUAGCAGUGCAAUGUAUGUGUGCGGAGAUGUGUGUGGGCAUAUGCGUGAGUCUGUGUUUGCGCGUGUGUCAUGAGAUUCAGCCGGGAACGGAACUGCUGUUGGGUGAUGAAACUGAUGGAAGUAAGGAUGCAAGAAAGAGACUUGAUGCACAGAACAUCUCUGAAGGACAGCAAAGAGAUUACCCAGUGGAACAAUUAAGGGAUCCAGAAGUGGCUGUGCCCGACCCACAGACGACUGAGGAAAGAAAAAUACAUGACAAGACUGAUAAAGAGGAAAGACAAAAGAAGCAACCUCAUGACCGCUCCUUUGGUCCUAACAGAGGCAAACAGAAGGAAAGGAGCACCGCAGUUAACACUACAGCGAAAGUGGACAAUAUUGUUUUGACAUCAAAUGGCCCCAACAUCAGCACCGGCCUUGUCAUGGAUGCAGUUGACACUCUGUCAAAGUUGAACUCUCCUGAUAAGCAGAGAAUUUUAAGUCUCCCAGCUCGCCCUGUCCGCUGUAGCUCUCGUCUGGCUGCUAAACCACGACAGGUUCACUGUCAGACCAGCCGGGUAAAAAAACUCUCUGUCCACUCACACCCAGACAGACAAACAGACAUGCAGGAGAGUCUCACACAGGUUGCAGAGUCCUCUGCAGAAGCAAAGGUUUCCAUGGCAACAUCACAUUCUGAUGCUGUGGCUGUUAGAGCAGAAAAUGGGACAGUUGAAGCUCGCACUUGGUGCCCAGAAGUGAGGGAGAGGUGCUACAGGUGUUCCGAGUGCGGGAAGAAGUUCUUUCAGAUUGCCCACUUGAGGAAACAUCAGUUUAGUCACACAGAGACAAAGCCCUUCGCCUUUCUGGACUGUGGCCAAACCUGUACCUCUGCAGAGACCUUUCAGGCCCACCAGCCGAGCCAACAUCGGGAAUGUCCGUUUACCUGUCCUCACUGUGAUGAGACCUACGACCUGAAGCAGGAAUUCCAUAAGCACCUGGUCGUGCACACAGGAGAGAAGUCUUAUGUCUGCGAGCACUGCGGAAAAGCAUACGGACGUCGCUCGUCGCUGCGAAACCACCGCCUCCUUCACUGCAGCAGAUUGAUUUACCCACAGCUUCCCAAGUUACAGUGCACCCUCUGUCCAAAGCUGCUGGCAAACUCUGGUUCUCUGAGGAAUCACAUGAAACUUCACACAGGAGAGAAAUCUCAUGUGUGUCAGUACUGUGGAAAAAGUUUCAAUCAAAAAGGGAACCUAUCAAGCCAUUUGAGGAUUCACAAUGGGGAGAGGCCAUAUCCUUGCCCCGAUUGUGACCAAAGAUUCGCUCAGAAACCUGAACUUAGUCGCCACAGGCUUUCCCACACCGGAGGCAUGUUCCUCUGUAGUUACUGUGGGAAAUCAUUAAGGGACCCACAUACCCUCAAGUCGCAUGAAAGAUUGCAUACUGGUGACAGGCCCCAUCGUUGCCCUAUCUGUAAAAAAGGCUACACUAUGGCCACCAAGCUGAGAAGACACAUCAAAUCUUCUCAUGUGACAGAAAAGCCCCACAGCUGCCACUGCGGGGCUUCCUACACUCUGAGACAAAGUCUGCUGAGGCACCAAGCGCAGCACCAUUCACGGGAGGAAACACAGGAAGGGAUCAAGGAAGGAUUGAGACAGAAGGCUAAACCUGCCAUGCAAGAGUUGGCAGCAGCAAGCUCUCAACACACAAAGCCAGUCAAAGGAAGACCUAAGAAAGGGGAUGACAGAGUACAGAGAAGAGGACGAAGAAAGGGAGAAGAAAGUGUGACAGGCAAAACUUUAAGUAGAUCAGAGACCACAGCUGCUACCAGGGCAGAUGGAAAAGCUUCAAGUGACACCCAGCACACAGUUGUACUUGUUCACACCGACGAUACAUUUAUACCAAGCUAUGGCCCUCUGCUGCUCACCUCAGAUGACUUGCACUCAAGAACAGGAGAGGAGCUGGUGGAGGUGGUCAUAUCAGGAGGUGCAGAGCAGUGCAUUGUGGUCCAGGGGCAGCAGGCGGCAGGAGAUUUGAUGAUCAUACAAGAGGAGGAGGUCUGCUCUGUGGCCCAGACAGUUGAGAUAAACACAGUGUUGCUUUAAAUCAAUUUUAUUGUCUGUUGAACAACCUUCACUGGACAGAAACUACCUUUUGAUGUCAUAAAUUACUGUGUUUGACAC